AUGGCGAAAAUGCUCCAUUUUUCCAAUUCACAACGAACAACUUUUCUUUUUGACGACCGGACGAUGAAAGCGACCGGGACGUCUUCAGGCGACGAAGAACAAGAAGAGGAAGAAGCAGACCAAGAGAGCUCUCUAACGGUUGGUGUUCGGAUUAAUAAUAAUACUAACAACGCGAGAACGAAGAAGAAGCAACAACAACAAUCUCAAUCUCAAUCAGUUCGAGCAGGAAGCGGAGACGAAUGGAACGACAGCGCUUUGGUGAACGCGUAUAACGUCGCGAUUAAGAGCUAUCGCAAUAAAAAGAGUCUCACGACGAGUGUUAAACCCGAAGGCAAGAAAGGAGGAGGAGAGUAUUUGGCGGCACCAAAUGCAGAUGAAAGCCAACAAGAAGACGAAGAGAAGAAGUUAAAGAAAGAAAAGAAAAAGAAGACAAAGAAGACGAAGGAAGACGAAGAAGAGGUUUACCGAGAACAACAACAACACGACGGACGACGCGGUUAUUACGAGCAGGAGGAGGGUGAAAACGAGCAUCAUCAUCGCGCGAAUCAUGGCGAGUAUUAUUACUUUCAACAGCCGCCGCGCUAUCCUCACUAUCCUCCUCCUCGUUCGCCGUCUGAUUACUACGCGUAUCCUCAACAAUAUUCUCCUCCUCCUCCUCCUCCUCCUCCUCCUCCUCCUCAACAACAACACGUUCCUUAUUAUUAUCCUCCUCCUCCUGGACAGUACUAUUCGAAUCCGUACGACUACGCGUCGUAUACCAACGACCCCGCCGCAAAAGAUGAAAAGUCGUCCAGAACGAGGAGCGGCGACGAAAGGAAAACGAACGACGCGAACGGUUCAAAUCUAUUCCAUCCUCCGGAUAUGCGAGACUCGGCGUUACGAGCGGCUGGAAACGAUGAAGAGUUGGCAAAUUUGUUGUUAGCGUGGUAUUAUGCCGGGUAUUACACCGGUCAGUUUCGAACGAACAGAAGAGCACCGUCUGUUAGGGAAUCAAAGAAAGAGGAUGGUGGUGGUAAAAGCGCAAAAGGCACUUCUUCGAGCGAAGAGGACGACUUUUAG